GUUUGACUCUUGAAGAGAAGACAGAUCAUGUGUCAUUUCAGGAAGAUGCAUGCUUCAGGAAAAGUUCUAUCCUUUUAUACUACCAUCAAGGAGCUGUCUGGAGUCAAGUCAAUCAUCUCAGUUACAUAAAAUAAAGAAUGGCAUACAGUUGGCAAUCAGAUCCAAAUCCCAAUGAACCACAUGAACGACAAUAUGAACACGGAGAAUUUCACUCUGUAAAUCAGUCCUUUUCUCCUAGGCAAGUCAGUCUGGGUUUUGAUCAGCUAGUCAAAGAGAUCGGUAAUAAAGUCCCACUCUAUCAGAGUGCAACCAAAGAAAACAACUUUUUUGUGCCCAGCGCACUAAACUGGGGCUCAGAAGCACAUUCAUUGGCUGAAAUGCACCAAACAUCCUUGAAUGAAUUUCCUUCUAACAGCCCAGAACGCUCUUGGAAUCAAAGUGGGAAGAAUUCAGCUGUUGGUUUUAAUCCUUCUGUGCUACCCAAACCAGAAGUGAUUAAUAAAAAAAGCCCUUGGGGAAACUCAAUAAGAACAUAUCAUGGUACUGAUGGUUCCAGAUUCAGCAUUGCAAAUCCAUCCUGCACUAAUUUGGAUAAAAUUAAGCCACAAAAAGAAUUGAAAAAUCAAAAUCGUCACUACCCUAUAAGAUUUGAAACGAAUAUUUCUCACGUAUAUUCAUCCUCCACAACUGACUUCAUGCCAAAAGAUGAGAAUAAAAGAAGUGGAAAUAUUGAUACCGUAGAUCCUUCUCUAAUGUUCUUUAAAGAUUCUUCUCUACCCCGAAAAUGGGAAAGUACAUGGCCAGACAACAUAGAGCCAAUAGGUUGCUCCAUUCAAAUCAUUGAAGUACCUCAAGGCAGUAAUGCUAGUCUGGCCUCCUUUUGUGGCAAAGUGGAAAAAAUAAGAGAAGCAUAUCAUGCAGCUGACAUUAAUUUCAAUUCUGGAAGGAUCUGGAGCCCCGUCACUACAUUUCCAGUUCAGCUCUUUUCUAAGAGCAAGGUCAACCUCAGUAUUAUGACUGAUAAUUCAGCACAACUAAUUCAUCUUACGCCAUAUGCUAAUUAUCUUGUCAAAGACUUAAUUGCAGAAAUUCUACAUUUAUGUACAAGUGACCAACUCUGCCCCAGCGAUCAUCUUCUCAAUAUAUGUGGCUCUGAAGAAUUUUUACAGAAUGAUCACCAUUUGGGGAGCCACAAAAUGUUUCAGAAAAAUAAAUCUGUUAUUCAACUUCAUCUACAGAAAAACACAACAGCUCCAGGAAAGUUAUCUAGAAAGCCUGGUGAUGACCACAGUGAGUUGCACCUAGACCAACUUAUAGAAUUUACGCACAUUUGGAAAGUGUCCCGACAAUGUUUGUUGACAGUUAUAGAAAGAUAUGACUUCCACCUAAAAUACCUAUUGAAAACCCAGGAAGAUGCAGAGAAGAAAAGUUUGUCACUAAACUUUUCCAGUGUUCGAAAUACCUUUCAGCAAUAUGUGGAUAAUAUUAUAGAAGAAGUUAAAAAUCUAUGCAGUAUCCUUGGGUGUGUCGAAACCAAACAAAUUACAGAUGCAGUGAAUGAACUAAAACUAAUUCUUCAGACAACAGGAGAGAAUGUUCGUCAGAAUUCGGAGACUUCAGAAAAAGGUUUUAUAGAGAAAGUGACAACUGAACUAUCUGCGUCCAUCUACCAGCUAAUUGACAUCUACUGCAGCAGUUUCUACGCAGAUUUCCAGCCUGUCAGGGCACCCGGAAGCAUCUCCUCUGCGCACCCUGGCCUGCGUGCACAUCUUAGCUUCACCGUGUACGCAGCACACAACAUCCCAGAGACCUGGGUGGACAGCUAUAAAGCAUUUUCGUUUUCCUGCUGGCUUACAUAUGCUGGAAAGAAGUUGUGCCAAGUGAGAAACAACAGAACUAUUCCAGUCAAAAAAUUAUUUUUUUUCUUGGUCAACUGGAGUGAAACGAUCAAUUUUCCUCUUGAAACCAAAUCACUUCCAAGGGAAUCCAUGCUCACAGUAAAAGUGUUUGGGAUUGGCUGUACAAACAACCAUCCAAAUUUAUUGGCCUGGACCUGUCUCCCAUUGUUUCCAAGAGAGAAAUCCAUUCUCGGGUCUAUGCUAUUCAGCAUGACAUUACAGAAUGAGCCUCCCCUAGAAAUGAUAGCUCCAGGAGUGUGGGAUGGAAGUCAGCCAACCCCAGUGACCCUGCAGAUUGAUUUUCCAGCUCCUGGAUGGGAGUACAUGAAACCUGAUUCUGAAGAGAAUAGAACUCAUCUUGAAGAACCACCAAAAGAGUAUUUAAAACAUAUUGCCAGACUUUCACAGAAGCAGACUCCUUUAUUACUCUCUGAGGAAAAGAGAAGAUACUUGUGGUUUUAUCGUUUCUUCUGCAAUAGUGAAAACUGUUCCCUCCCUCUGGUCCUGGGAAGCGCCCCUGGAUGGGAUGAAGGGACCAUUUCAGAAAUGCACACCAUCUUGAGGAACUGGACAUUUUCUCACCCUUUGGAAGCACUUGGGCUUUUGUCUUCCAGUUUUCCAGAUCAAGAAAUUCGUAAAGUGGCUGUCCAACAACUGGACCACCUCUUGAAUGAUGAACUAUUGGAGUAUCUUCCACAGCUUGUUCAGGCACUCAAGUUUGAAUGGAGCCUUCAGGGUCCUUUGGUGGAACUUCUCCUGCACCGCUCCUUGCAGAGCAUCCAGGUGGCCCAUCGCCUUUACUGGCUGCUAAAGGAUGCACAAAAUGAAGCUUAUUUUAAAAGUUGGUAUCAGAAGCUGCUGGCUGCUCUCCAGUUCUGUGUAGGAAAAGCCUUGAAUGAUGAAUUUUCCAAGGAGGAGAAACUUAUCAAAAUUCUGAGAGACAUUGGGGAAAAAGUCAAGUCUGCUGGUGAUUCUCAAAGACAGGAGAUACUAAAAAAGGAGAUUGGCAGACUAAAUGAAUUCUUUCAAGAUAUAAAUACUUGUCAUCUUCCACUGAACCCUGCACUAUGUAUAAAAGGAAUUGACCAUGAUGCAUGUUCAUAUUUCACAUCAAAUGCUUUGCCACUGAAGAUUACUUUCAUCAACGCUAAUCCAAUGAGCACAAACAUCAGCAUUAUUUUUAAGGCUGGAGAUGAUCUUCGCCAGGAUAUGCUUGUUCUACAGAUUGUUCAAGUGAUAGACAACAUUUGGCUACAAGAAGGUCUAGAUAUGCAAAUGAUCAUUUAUAGAUGUCUAUCUACAGGAAAAAACCAAGGUUUGGUACAGAUGGUACCUGAUGCCGUAACCCUUGCGAAGAUCCAUCGCCAUUCUGGACUCAUAGGACCGCUGAAAGAAAAUACCAUCAAGAAGUGGUUCAGUCAGCACAACCACAUCAAGGCAGAUUAUGAAAAGGCCUUAAGGAACUUUUUUUAUUCCUGUGCUGGCUGGUGCGUGGUAACCUUCAUCCUGGGAGUCUGUGAUCGUCACAAUGACAACAUCAUGCUGACAAAGUCAGGCCACAUGUUUCAUAUCGACUUUGGAAAAUUCUUAGGUCAUGCGCAAACGUUCAGCGGGAUAAAGAGGGACCGGGCCCCUUUUAUUUUUACCUCAGAGAUGGAGUACUUUAUUACGGAGGGUGGGAAGAACCCACAGCAUUUUCAAGAUUUUGUGGAGCUUUGCUGUAGAGCAUAUAAUAUUGUCAGAAAGCACAGCCGACUGCUCUUAAACCUCCUAGAAAUGAUGCUACAUGCAGGAUUGCCUGAGCUAAGUGGAAUCGAAGACCUGAAAUACGUGUAUAACAACCUCCGUCCACAUGACACAGACCUGGAAGGAACAAGUCAUUUUACCAAGAAAAUAAAGGAAAGUCUGGAAUGUUUUCCUGUUAAACUGAACAACUUGAUCCACAUACUCGCACAAAUGUCAGCAGUGAGCCCUGCCAGAUCUCCUCCUCAGACAUCCUCCCAGGAACCCUGUAGGCUGAGUACAACCAGGUCAAUUCAAAGAGCAACAAUUUUAGGGUUCAUCAAGAAACCCAAUGAUCUAUAUUUGAUCCAGGUGACGCACGGUAACAACGAAAUCAGCCUAACAGAAAAGUCAUUUGACCAGUUUUCAAAACUUCACAGCCAGCUUCAGAAGCAGUUUGCAUCACUGACUCUCCCAGAGUUUCCUCAUUGGUGGCACUUACCUUUUACAAAUUCAGACCACAAAAGAUUCAGAGAUCUAAAUCAUUACAUGGAGCAGCUGUUACAUGGAUCGUAUGAAGUGGCAAAUAGUGAUUGUGUACUUACUUUUUUCCUUUCUGAGCCUGUGCAACAAACAAUUGAAGAAUCUUCACUUGUGGACCUAGGUGACAAGUCUCCAGACAAGAAUCCUAAGGUACAGUUAGUGAUAUCAUAUGAGGAUGCGAAGCUGACCAUACUGGUGAAACACAUGAAAAACAUUAGUGAGAAGUAACCAGCCUAGACAAGCCUCAUGCGAUGUUUCAGUCUGGAGUUCCAACUAGAAUUCUGGAUUUCUGGAAACAAUUCAGUCUGAAGGCAUUAAGUCAGAAAAUGAAUUCUAUCUACUACCCUGUGACUUCUGUGGAUUGUUAACUAUACUGAAUCAAAAGCUAAGUAUCUUAAAAUGCUAUUCAGUCCAUAGGAAACUGGUCCCAGGAUCCUUCUGCAGAUGUUCAAGUCCCUCAUAUAAAUGGUAUUGCAUUUGCAUAUAAUCUUCAUGCACCUUCUUGUAUAGUUUAAAUCAUCUCUAGAUUAAUUAUAGUAUAUACUUCAAUGUAAACUCUAUGCAAGUAGUGUUAUGCUAUUUUGUUUAGGUACUAAUUACAGGUAAAACAGCAUGUUCACUACAGACACAAUUUUUACAAACAUGUUUUUGAUCUGUAGUUAAUUGAAUCCACACCAGCAGAUGUGGGAGACAGAUGUAAAGGGCCCAUUCUAUAUCUGUCUGUCUAUCUGUUUGCCUGCCUGUCUAUCAAGAUGAUUUCUACCAGUGAGUUUUUUUCUUUAAAGACAGAAACUAUUUUGAUCUCCUUUCUCUGUCAUCUCUCAGAUCACAAAAGCGCUAGACACAGAGUAUUCAGAUUUCUAAGUUGGUUUUUCCAAACAGGUAUUGGAAAUCACCUACUGAUGAACACGCUCUCUUUAAAGGCAAUAAAUUGGUGUGAAGUAAAGCGGGGAACCAUGCUAAUUUAAUGCCUGAAAAGCUGAAAUCAUCCCACUUAACAUUAACCAACAUACACAAGUU